AUGCUGGAUGGACCCCGCCUGCGGCGCUGGCUCCGCUCCGUCCCCUCCGGCGCGCUCGUAGCGCUCCCGCUGCUGCUGCUGCUGCUCCUCGCCGGCGCCCCGCCGCCCUCCGCCGCCUACUUCGGGCUGACUGGGAAUGAACCCCUGACCAUCCUCCCUCUGACCUCAGAAAUGGAGGAAGCUGCCGUCAAAGCGCAUUACAAAGUCUGUGACCGCCUGAAGCUGGAGAAGAAGCAGAGAAGGAUGUGCAGGAGAGACCCUGGGGUGGCGGAGACCCUCAUGGAGGCCAUCAGCAUGAGCGCCCUGGAGUGCCAGUACCAGUUCCGCUUUGAGAGGUGGAACUGCACCCUUGAAGGUCGCUACCGAGCCAGCCUGCUCAAGAGAGGUUUUAAGGAAACUGCCUUCCUUUAUGCCAUCUCUUCAGCAGGGUUGACGCAUGCCAUGGCCAAGGCGUGCAGCGCCGGGCGCAUGGAACGCUGCACCUGUGAUGAGGCCCCUGACCUGGAGAACCGCGAGGCCUGGCAGUGGGGUGGCUGUGGCGACAACCUCAAAUACAGCAAUAAGUUUGUCAAGGAGUUCUUGGGGAAGAAAUCCAACAAGGACCUGAGAGCCAGGGUGGACUUCCACAACAACCUGGUUGGCAUGAAGGUCAUCAAAGCUGGCGUCGAGACAACCUGCAAGUGCCAUGGUGUGUCGGGGUCGUGUACUGUGAGGACAUGUUGGCGGCAACUGUCACCCUUCCAUGAGAUUGGCAAGCAGCUGAAGCAGAAGUACGAGAUGGCGCUCAAAGUGGGCAGCACCACCAAUGAGGCGACGGGUGAAGGGGACAUCUCUCCCCCAAAGAAAUCUGUCCCAGGUCAUGGUGACCAGAUUCCAAGGACUACGGACCUUGUCUACAUUGACGACUCCCCGAGUUUUUGCCUGCCCUCAUUGUCUACUUUGUACACUAUGAAAAAACCACUAGAGGCCUUCUUAACAGUCUAAAGACAACUGCUGCCCGUUAUCUUUCUCCUGAUUUCCUUGUACCUCGUAUCAAUCCAAAGUCACCCUGUGGAGGCCGCUUGAAAUCUCGACGUAGAUUAUGUCCGAACGUACAGAUGUGCCGUUUUGCAAGUCUGUCUUCUGGUGGUGGAUGGAACUCUGUUGCCUUGUGGAGCAUAAUGCUGCUUAGACUUCCUUGGAACUGAACUAUAAGCUGUUUGGGACAUGAUUGCGCCUCCCAGGAUCCUACUUUGCUAGGACACCAUUCCGUCGAUUCUGCACAGGGGCUGAGGUUGUUGAACCUGGCACAAUUUGCUCUACAGACGUUUGACGCUUCUUUAAACCACUAGCUUGAGGUGUGUAUUUUAAAAAUUAUAUAUAUAAAUAACCACCAAAUGGCAACACCGGUAUUGGAUUCCAAGUGGCCAGUCAACUGAGAUAAGGGGAGGAAAGGAAGAUGGAGAAGAAACCGAAACUGCGAGAGUGACCAAAAUGCACACGCAUUGUGGGCUGCCUAACAUCCUUCUGUUCCUUUCCUUUUUUUAACGAGGAUAUUACAAAUUAUGACAUCGACAUCGUGGCUUUUCUUCAACAACACUACUCGGAUCAGAGGUGGCUGGCUAAUUUCUGAGUGAAGCGCUCUUAUUGGUGGGUGGUGGUGGUGGGUGUUUCCAAAGAUGGCGCUGCUUUGAUUCUCCAGUAGUAGCAAGUCCUCUAGUUUAAUCCCUUGACCUGGUUUUCGAAGGAAGCUGGCUACGUUACCUUCCGCGUGGCUUCCGUUUGCCUUGCUGGAGCUUCCCAGCCUUCCAAGGACAAACCUGUCUUUACUCCAACUUUCUUUAAAAAUAAUAAAAAAAAAUAGUAGCCACUUGUA